GCCGUGGUAAGCAGUUGAAGACACGAAAAUCAAAGGGACCGACCUUACGACAGCAGGUGUCGCAUCUGUGGCAACACUGGCAACACUGUUGUGAUGUUCUGUGUCACUUCUCUAGUCUCUGUCUGUUUUAACCUAAAAUUUAGAGAAAGAAGCGAUUCAUUUUAUUUCAGUUUAGCUCAAUUUUACUUUAUAAAGACGUAAUGUUAGCGGUUCAGCAAACUAACGAUGCUGGAAUACCAGAUAAAAUGUGGCAGCCUCCCUAUGUGCAGUUUGAUACAACCAUGGGCGAAUUUUUAAUAGAACUGUACUGGAAACAUGCACCACAAACAUGCAGAAACUUUGCAGAGCUUGCUCGCCGUGGAUAUUACAACAACACAGUAUUCCAUAGAAUUAUCAGAGACUUUAUGAUACAAGGUGGUGACCCUACAGGUACAGGAAAGGGGGGCCUAUCCAUCUAUGGGCCUACCUUCAAAGAUGAAAUACAUCCAGAAUUGAAGCAUAGUGGAGCUGGUAUAUUAUCUAUGGCAAAUUCUGGUCCAGAUACAAAUGGCUCACAGUUUUUCAUAACUCUUGCUCCCACACAAUGGUUAGAUGGAAAACAUGCAAUUUUUGCAAGAGUUCAUUCUGGAAUGAAUGUCAUUAAGAGGAUAGGGCUUGUAGAAACUGAUAGGAAUGACAGGCCUGUUGAUGAAAUAAGAAUCCUUCGAGGAAAGGUUCUAAAAAGUCUGUGA